AUGCCGAAGAAAAAAGCUGUCAACACUCGACAAAAGCGAGAAAGAAAUAGAGAGAAAAUGAGACAGAAGAGACGCAGAUCUUUUCCUGAUGUCCUAGACGACCAGACCUUGACAAAGUCCUCUGUUCCUUGCGGAACAGAGGAGGAAGCUGAGGCAGCUUCUCCCGGUAAUUUUCCGGGGCACGGUUCUAUGGGGUUUCCGCCUAAAGAGGAAAAACCCCUGGCCAGGGUGCAGGCCUCGCCUAGAGUGAAAAUGCAUUCACCUGCCCCGAGGUUGCCAUCUCCUCGGGGAAGUCUGUUUGUCCGUGAGCAGGACAAGGCACCGUCCCCUGACUCCCUAGAAAGGGUUUGUGCUCCACCGAGGGCACCUGGACCGGACACCGUGCACGUGUCUGGACCAGCAGGUCAGGCGCAGCUGGAAACCUCUAUGUAUGGAGGGACCAGUAGGAAAACAAAAGAUGAGGGCAUUUUGACGGUAAACAAAAAGGAAACUGAAAGGAAAUCAAAUAGAAAUGAGAAUGAAAACUAUGAGAAAUAUGCUAUUUCAGAUAAUGAUAUUGAGGAAAACAGAAGAGACAGAAAUACGCAGAAAUCAUUUAAAACAGCUCUUCCACACGGAGGUCAACAAAAUAUUCAUGGACCAGUUGUAUGCGUUCCGUCAGAUCUGAAGAAAGUAACAAGUUUACCAAUGAAACCCGAGGAAGACCUGUUACUAAGAGUGAAGCUUAAGAGAAAACUGAAUUAUAAAGGAUACAUCGAAUACCAGUUCGUCAAUCCAAAACACGUAUUCGAGGCAUUACAGUAUUUGAAAAGAAACAAUCAAUGGUAUGAAGAUGUAGUAAUAGACACAAACUGGAAUGGAAAUGUUGACAGUUGCCAUACAACAGCUGAUAUUGAGGAACAAUUAUCAUACGAUGAUGAACAACAGCAGAUUGCGACAGAUUCUUGUUUACAACCAGUUGAUAUUGCUCAGGUGGUUCUCGAUCAUUACUUUGAUGAUAUUUAUGAUAUUGCUCCUGGUGAAGGAAAUAAUCCGAUAAGAAUGUUACAAGAGCCAGGAAAUGAGGCAAAAACAUUUCCGUACCUCUUUCCAACUGGAAACUUUUCGUGGAAUGACGAGAGAGAAAAACGAAUUACACUGUCAAGAUAUUUCAACAAUCGUCUUAUGAAUACUGAUGACAGAUUCGCAAAAGACAGCAGCUACAUCUUUUUCAGCCAAUUUAUGUCUGACUUAAAUCAAGUCAUAGAAAAGACACAAAUAUCUAUCAGAAAAUCUGUUAGGAGACUGGAAUGUGACCAAACUAUGACAGCUAAUAUGGUACAAAACCCCGAAAUUCUAUCAAAGUUAAUGAAAAAUGACGAGGCUUUAAGGUUUAUGCAACCCAUCCGUGGAACGCCAGCAUAUUGGUCAGCCGCACAAAAAGAUCUGUUUGCUAUGCUUCGUCAGCUAGGAAUCCCAACGUGGUUUUGCUCAUUUUCUGCUGCAGAACAUAGAUGGAAUGAUGCAAUUUCAACAAUAUUGAGACAACAAAAUGAUACCAGAGACCCUUCUAUGUUGGACUGGAGUGAAAAAAAUGAAGUGCUGAAAAGUAAUCCUGUCACAGUUGCUAGAAUGUUCGAGCAUAGAUUUCAUGUUUUUCAAACAGAAGUGAUAUUUUCACCAUCACAACCAAUUGGAAAUGUUACUGAUUAUUUCCAGAGAGUUGAAUUCCAACAAAGAGGGUCACCCCACAUGCAUUGCUUAUAUUGGGUAGAAAAUGCUCCAAACUUUGAUGAAGACGGAGAGGAAGAAGUAUGCAAUUUCAUUGACAAAUAUGUGAGUUGUGCAUUACCAUCUGACAAUGAAGAUUUGGAGCUCAAGGAUAUUGUUUUGUCUGUACAACAACACAGCAAAAAGCAUUCCAAGUCGUGUAGAAAGAAGGGCACAGAAUGUAGGUUUAAUUUUCCUAGACCUCCUUCUGCAUGUACAUUCAUCAACUCUCCGAGUGAGGAAGACAACUUCGAAAAUGAUGCGGAUGCAAUUAACUUCAAAGAGGAAGAGUCAAAGGCUAAACAAAUCCUUUUACAAGUUUGGAAUGAAAUCCAAGAUGAUGCAAACGGUUUGGAAAACACGGAACAGGUUUUCGAGAAGUUAGGCUUAACACAAGCUCAGUACGUGGAAGCACACAAACGAUUAGCAAAAAAAACAUCAGUUGUUCUUAAAAGAAACCCAUCCGAAUUAUGGACCAAUCAGUAUAAUCCAUGUCUUUUGAAAUGCUGGAAUGCUAAUAUGGAUAUUCAGUUUGUUUUGGAUCCAUUUAGUUGUAUAGUCUACAUAAUUUCAUACAUAUCAAAGUCUGAAAGAGAAAUGGGAAUGGUGUUAAAACAAACCAAAAUAGAGGCAGAAGAAGGAAAUGAAAGUGCCCGAUCAACCUUAAAGAAAAUUGGCUCUGCGUAUUUAAAUCACAGAGAAGUGAGUGCACAGGAAGCUGUGUAUCGCGUUUGUAACCUGAAGAUGAAGGAAUGUUCGAGAAAGGUUGUCUUUAUACCAGUUGGGGAGAAUCCGACUAGACUCACAAAACCAUUGUCUCAAAUCAAAAGAAUACAAAAAUCAAGAAAAACCGAUGAAAUUGAGCAAGAAGAUGAUGAAGAUAUAUGGAUGUCAAACAUUGUAGACAGAUAUGAAAGUCGGCCAAAUGAACCGUUGUUUCAAAACAUGUGCCUUGCAGAAUUUUGCUCAGAAUUCAGAGUCCUUGCCAAAUCACAGGUUCCAAAGACUAAAAAUGAAAAUGUAUUUGAACUGCAAAAUUCGAAAGGAUUUAUUCAGAAGCGAACACGUGCCAAGCCGGCAAUAAUACGAUACCCAAGAUUCGAUGCAAAAAAAAUGCCGGAAAAGUAUUACCAGUGCCAAUUACAACUGUUCUUGCCUUACUUGGGAACUAAUCAACUAAAACCACCAGGUUAUGAUCAAUAUGAGGCAUUUUACGAAAACGGGCACGUGCGAAUAUUAGGAAAACAGAAAUUGCAAUCUGUCAAAUCCAUUGUUGACACAAACAGAGCAAGGUAUGCCCAAAAUGAAGAUGCUAUCGCAGAAGCACAAGAAAACUUCGAACAGAUCGGGGAGCCAGAAGAUGCUUGGGCAAAUCUUUGUCCAGAGACAGAAGUAAUGAGACAUGAAUGCUCUAGAGAUAGAAAUGAUGAUCUAGACUUGAAUGCUACAGAAGAAUUACCAGACAUGCAACCUAAAAAUAAUUCUGAUGUUCUCUACAAGGUAAACCAAAAUACACAGUCAAGAGAACAGAUAACUCAUGUUCUUCAAAAUUUGAAUGAGACUCAAAUGAAAGUAUUUUACUUGGUGAGAGAUUGGUGUUUAAAGAAAAGCUUCGGCGAAAAACUUGAAUCGCUGCACAUUUUCAUAACUGGCGGAGCAGGAACAGGCAAGAGUCAUCUAAUUAAAGCCAUACAUUAUGAAGCAUCACGCUUACUGGAAAAAAACUUGACAGCUCCCGAUAGUGUUUCAGUUCUUCUUACAGCUUUCACAGGAACAGCUGCAUUUAACAUCGGAGGAAAUACUAUUCACCAUUUGUUUUCACUGCCAAAACAUAUGCCAUUGCCUUAUGAACCAUUGAGAGAACAGACUCUCAGUGAAAUGCGAGUUCAACUUUCGGAUCUUCAAAUUCUGGUCAUUGAUGAAAUUUCAAUGGUGUAUAAAAGAUUAUUAUACUAUAUUCAUGAAAGACUAGUACAGAUUAAGAAAUGCAAGGAACCUUUUGGGGGAGUGUCAGUAAUUGCCGUUGGAGAUUUCUAUCAGCUUCCACCUGUGAAACAGCGCAAAGAUGAACGUCUCUAUAAGGAUAGUGCUCUUUAUCCUUUCGAUUUUUGGCUGGAACUUUUCAAAGUAGUAGAAUUGAAAGAAAUUAUGAGGCAACGACAAGACAUUCCAUUUGCAGAGACACUGAAUACACUUCGAACAAGAGAAAUAAAACAAUCAUUAGAAGAACAAACUAACGCUAUCUUAAACGAAUGUGUACGAGAGGGGCCAGACGAUGUUCUUCAUGUCUAUGCAACAAAUGAUGAGGUUAAUGCUUAUAACUUGACAAUGCUUAGAAAAAAAUGUGACGACUUUGUUGAGAUUGAUGCUCAAGACUCCACAAAAGAUAGAACUACAGGAAAACUGAUCGUAAGAGAUAAGCCAUUGACAAGCUCUAAAACAGACAGUCUUCCAAGCACAUUGUUAUUAGGACUCGGUGCAAGAGUGAUGCUCACAAGAAACUGCAACGUAGAUGAUGGCCUUGUAAAUGGAGUUAUGGGAAUUGUAUCAAAAUUUGUCUACGGUCAGAGACAUGCACAAAACACAGUUGUUGCAAUAGGAGUAACCUUUGAUAAUGGAAAUGUUGGGAAGAAACAUGGAAAUGGAAAUAAAAAUGGAAAUAUCGUUUUAAUUGAAAGGAUUCAUGAGGAUAUUAUGUCCCAGAAACAAAAAACGUUGUUCGGCAUCAGUUUCCGUUACGAUUGUCAUGGGCCUGUACAGCGCACAAAGUGCAAGGAUUGA